AUGAAGCUUUCACUUACCCUUCUCGCCGCCGCCCUCACGGCCACCACGGCCCUCGCCGCCGCCGUCCAUAACGACCGUCCCCUCAUCAAGAAGGAUGUCGCUGCCGCUGCCCCCUCCGGCACCGCCAGCGCCGUUGCUCUGGCCAGUCCCUCUGUGGCCGCGGCCGCGCAGUACGGGACGGCGCAGGUAGCGGAUGGGACAGACGAUGAUGACAAGGGCAAGGACGAUGGUGAGGACGAUGGAGAGGACGAGGGGGCCGAUGAUGGUGAGAAGGGGGAUCAAGAUGCCGAUAAAGAUGGCGCUGCCAGCUCGCUUGAUUUUGUAAGAUCUCCCCUCCUUCCGGAUUAA